UCUGCACACAUGCGUAGAACAGAGGUGUAUGUUUACCGACUACUUAAUUAUAUUGUCUCCGCACUUUUGCUGUGAUAUAAAGUAAGCCGACAUAAAAUAAUUUUCUGUGACACGUUUUAUUUUCCUGUUAUUAGCGAUUGAUCUCCAAAGGCUGAUAGACAAACCUCACAGGAAAUGCAUCAAUGUUUAUGGAGGUGUAUAUAUUUAAUUAUAGUUCUACAAUUAAUUGAACAUUUACGUGCCGACCAGAGGGAAGAGGAUGCUCGAAGGUUGAUGGAAUCACUAAACCAAGCACAAACCGAUAUUUCUUCUAUGAUGUCAACAGUUGACGGUCUAGAUAAUUAUUUGACCACACAAAAAAAACGGGCGUGCAAUCUCGGAUUAAAUAGUCACCAUUGUGCCUUGGCAGACUUGGACAAUCAACUCCAGUCACGAGAAUGGUUAUCAAAUGGACAUAGUCCUGGUAAACGGACCACAUUAAAAGAGGAACACAAAGAAAAACUAUCGGAGGUUGAAAUUAAAAGGUUAAUAGAAGAUAUAGUGAGAAAGCGCCUUGACCUUAAGAACAUUCGCACAUUGUUAGAAGAUGCAAAUGGUAGCAUUAUCGAAAACAGUAAACGCACAUGUACAGUGGAGUUAGGAGGUGCUUGCCGAACGGAAUGGGCAUCAUCCAUUGCAGACCAAUAUUAUUACUUGAUGUCUCCGCAUAGUCCUGGUAGAAAACGACGAUCAUUCCGAAAGAGAAUGUCACCCUUGCGGCUAUUUCACAAAAGACUUCAGCUAAUCAAGAAGAGACAUUCAAAUAAUUGAUCGCAUUUUUUUCUAUUCUGAUGGAUGAAAGAAGAUUACCUGGCUUUGUAUGUGUCUAUCUCUUGCCAACCACUAUUUAUAUGAAGCGAUGAAGAGUAUGGUGGAUUUGGUUUCGUUCUAUUGAUAAAAAAAAUGAUCGAAUAACAAGGACAACAAAUAGUUUCAUAAAGCACUUAUACAAUUCAAAGAAGUCUGUGCCUCCGAGAUUAAACCUUUUAAACUCUUCAGAUAUAAAUGUAUUGUCAAAAGAAUUUCAGUACAUUGUGUAUAUCUUUCUUAGAUGAUGUGAUAACAAAAUAAAUGCUUGUGUCGAUUUCUAAUAAGCGUCUAUGGAUGUUAAUGAUUUUCCUUAAUUUUUAUUGUAUUGAAGUUUUUCUGUUGUAUUUUCGUCACAAUUUUUCUCCUUCUCCUUAGGCUAUUUUAUUAUUAUUUUUUCGAAUGUGUUUGUUCAAAACCAUAGCUUUUUAAUAUUUUCAAAAAUCAAAAUAUAAUAGACAAACAGUGUAGAACGGAUCAGAUUAAGGAAUGAUAACACCAUAAAUAUAGUAACAUUUUUAGAGAAACGUAUGCUAAAUUGAACAUUUUUUUAACCAUUUUUAAAACUCACCUGCCAAGAUGACAAACUCCAGGAAGCCAAAAAGUACCUUAUACUUUGUUAUUGCUAAUGAUUGGACUAUUCUUAGAAAUAUUCCCACCUGUUUAUCAAGUUGCCAGGUAUCUUACAGCUGACAUAGUUUCAUAUUAUGGAAUAUUUAUGAAUCCCUACCAGUACCAUUAGUUUAUACGCAAAACCUAGACAAAUUUAUUGAACAAUAUGGUUUAAUUCUUGCUAUUUAGAAACGUUAAGAGAUACCAUUGCAUUUGUUGUUGUAUUGUGUUAAAUGACAUUGCAUUCAACGGAUAUACAUAUUACUGUUUUUAUUAGUUCAUUAUUAAAUCUUCUCUUUUCCGUUUUAAUCAUUUUUGCCAAAUAAAAAUUAGAUAAACAAAUAAAUAACGUUAAAAAAAAAUUACUUUUGAUUCAGAGAGCUGCGAGUGCUUUAAAAAUAUCGCGCCUUUUAAAAAACAGUAUCGUGAAAAGUUUGUAUGUUACAUAUAGCAAUGUAUUUUUGUAUUUCCUAAGUUCAGUUCUCAUUGAUUAGGUCAAGACGAAGAAUAAUUGCGUACAUACUUUUUUUUCAUAUUUCAUUAUGCUAUGAUACAAAGGAUUAGAAUCUCUGUGCCAUACCAUUUAUUCUAUGUACACUAUUUAUUGCACGAAUCUGAAAUAAAUCUGAAAAAUGUA